CCUAGCACUCUCGCCCUCCCCCCAGGUGAUUGGGCUGCUGGAUGUGUUCACUCCUGAUGAGACCCUGGAUGACUUCACAGACUUUUACCUGGUGAUGCCCUUCAUGGGCACGGACCUGGGCAAGCUCAUGAAGCACGAGAAGCUGAGUGAGGACCGGAUCCAGUUCCUCAUGUAUCAGAUGCUGAAGGGGCUGAAGUAUAUCCACGCUGCCGGCAUCAUCCACAGGGACCUGAAGCCCGGCAACCUGGCGGUGAAUGAGGACUGUGAGCUGAAGAUCCUGGACUUCGGUCUGGCCAGGCAGGCAGACAGUGAGAUGACGGGAUACGUGGUGACGCGGUGGUACCGGGCACCUGAGGUCAUACUGAAUUGGAUGCACUACACCCAGACAGGUGAGAGGCUGCCCGGAGGCUCGGCACCCCCCAGGCUGCACCUCCUGUCUCCCUGUUUCUUGAUGGGGAACCCCAUGGCAGCGGCUCCCCGGGAGGCUGCUGAGCUGGGGUGGGAGCCGGGUGAGGGUGUGGGCCUGCCGAACCCAAACGGGCCCAUGUGUCUGCCGCCCCCUCUCCCCCACCCCCACGGAGCGCUGACCGGGGCGUCUGUGUCAGUGGACAUCUGGUCUGUGGGCUGCAUCAUGGCGGAGAUGAUCACGGGGAAGACGCUCUUCAAAGGCAACGAUCACCUGGACCAGCUGAAGGAGAUCAUGAAGGUGACGGGGACGCCUCCAGCCGAGUUUGUGCAGAGGCUGCAGAGUGCCGAGGCUAAGAACUACAUGAAGGGCCUCCCCGAGCUGGAGAAGAAGGAUUUUGCCUCCGUCCUGACCAAUGCAAGCCCUCUGGCGGUGAACCUCCUGGAGAAGAUGCUGGUGCUGGAUGCGGAUCAGCGGGUGACGGCCGCCGAGGCGCUGGUGCACCCCUACUUUGAGUCCCUGCAUGACACGGAGGACGAGCCCAAAGCCCAGAAGUAUGACGACUCCUUUGACGAUGUGGACCGCACACUGGACGAGUGGAAGUGUGUCACUUAUAAAGAGGUGCUGAGCUUCAAGCCUCCCAGGCAGCUGGGGGCCAGGGUCUCCAAAGAGACAGCCCUCUGAAGACCUCUGGGCCAAGGGGUGGGGGUGGGGGGACAACCUAGGGACCCUGGCUGGCGCUUCACGCCUUAGCCUUCCACCUGGGAGGGGAUCCUGGCUAUCACCUUGACCUUGGCUGGGCUUGCAUCCCAAGGCAUCUCCUGGGAGAGGAUGAGCAGGCCCCUCGUUCCCAGGAUCGCUCUUCCCUCCCUCAAGCCUGUUUCUCUGCUCUCGGGCACCCACCUCAGCUGACCUUAGAGGAGCAUCUGAACUUUCUGGACAGGACCCCAUCUGACCUGGGGCUGGCCUCUGACCCCUGGAGCAGGUGCCCCCUUCGGCCAGGGUGCAAUAAGAAGCCUAAAAGCUGGGAGGACUCAGGGUCAAGUCCUGGCCUCAGUCCUGCUGGAGGCCCAGCACCUGAGAAGAAAGGACAGAGGGAGGGCACAGGGUGACGACUCAGGGACAGCAUCUCUCCUGGGGGCGUGUCUGUGGACUCUCCUGCACCCCCCAGCAUAGAAUGUAAGUCAGCCAUGGGGUGUGCCCAUAUGGCUGGAAGGAAAUAAACCGUUUUGUAAAUCUCC